AUGUCGGAGGGAAAAUCAUACAAAGACCUCCUCAAACUUUACAUACCGGGAAUACUAGCCUUCUUGGCUGCCAUUUUUGGGACAGCAGGAAACCUCUAUUGCGAAACGGUACAAUUUAUCCAAGAAAACAAUCAAGAUGGCGGUGAUCCGUUGGUUAUCUACGCCGGCAUGUGGACCUUUCGAACCAAUGAAAAUGAUAGUAUCUCAGCGAGAGCAUCUGAUCCACUGUCGUCGGAACAGGUGUGUCACCCCUAUCAGGGUUUGGUGGCGGCCGGCUUUGAUUACGACACGGAUGCCACUACGAGGUUUGUUAUGGCAUUUGCAAUCCUGACUCCUGUAAUUGGUGGCCUCGCCUUGUUUUUGGCGUGUGCUGGGCCCUGCUGCAACGUGACGACCUCUCGAUGGCGGGCAAUGGGUGGCAUCUUUCUGUUAUGUGGCGCCUUUCAAGGAUUGACUCUGGUAGUGAUGCAGUCGAGUAUAUGCAAAGACAAUCCUGUUCUUCAAUAUUAUGAGGAGUACAAUCCAGAGUUGCUGAAUACUUUCCCAUCAUCCCGUGAGUGCCAGGGUUAUAUGGGAUACCAUCUGAGCAUUGCAGCAGUGGCCUUGUGGAUAUUAGCUGGGAUUGCCGCUUUGGUAUUACCAUCACCCCAUGUAGAUGGCCGGCAGCCGCAACAAACCCAAUCAGUGACUUAUCAACGGGACGAGAAUGGAAAUGUCACCGAGACCAAUGUAGCGAUUGCGAAAGGAACAAAUUCAACGCCACCCGAACAAGCAAAACCCAACUUUGUGUAA